GGCUCCAGCGUCCACGCUAACCACAUUAGCCACAUUAGCCGGGUCUGGUGCCUCUAAGCUCGGUUCUGAUGGCGAACAGGACCGUGAAAGAUGCCAACAGCAUCCACGGAACCAACCCCCAGUACCUGGUGGAGAAAAUCAUCCGGACCAGAAUCUACGAGUCCAAGUACUGGAAGGAGGAGUGUUUCGGCCUGACGGCUGAGCUGGUGGUGGACAAGGCCAUGGAGCUGAAGUUCGUGGGAGGCGUCUACGGAGGAAACAUCAAGCCCACGCCGUUCCUCUGCCUCACGCUGAAGAUGCUGCAGAUCCAGCCGGAGAAGGACAUCAUCGUGGAGUUCAUCAAAAACGAGGAUUUCAAAUACGUGCGUCUGCUGGGAGCCAUGUACAUGCGUCUGACCGGCACGGCCACGGACUGCUACAAAUACCUGGAGCCGCUUUACAACGACUAUCGGAAGAUCAAGAGCCAGAACCGGAACGGAGAGUUCGAGCUGAUGCACGUGGACGAGUUCAUCGACGAGCUUCUCCACGGAGAGAGAGUCUGUGACAUCAUCCUGCCCCGACUCCAGAAGAGACAAGUCCUGGAGGAGGCGGAGAUGCUGGACCCGCGGAUCAGCGCGCUGGAGGAAGAUCUGGACGAGGUGGAGAGCAGCGAGGAGGAGGACGAGGAGGAAGAGAAGCCGGAGAGAAUGCAGACCCCUGAACCUCACAGACGCGGUUACCGUGACAACGACAGACCUCGCCGCUCGCCGUCGCCGCGCUACAGACGCAGCCGAUCGCCCCGACGGAGGAGCAGAUCUCCGAAGAGAGAGAGACGGAGCCCGUCUCCUCGCCACCGUCAUCGCAGCAAGAGUCCCCGCAGACACCGCAGCCGGUCCAGGGACCGCCGGCACCGGUCCAAGUCCCCCGGUCACCACAGAAGCCACCGACAUCGCAGCCACUCCAAGUCUCCAGAGAGGAGCUCCAAAAAGAGCCACAAGAAGAGCCGGCGAGGAAACGACUGAUCUUCUUCCAACUCGCUCUCUUUUGUACAACCUGCUUUUCUUUUUUUAUUUAGUUUUGGAUCCUGGAAGUGUCUUUGGACCUGUGCUGUUCUGUCUUUCUUUUUAACGUUAACAGAUCCUGUACAUGUUUGAAAUAAAAACCCAGACCCGCUUCGGUUCUUGAGAUCACUGGCCACGGUUA